AUGCCUAUGGGCGUUGGUGUGGUGGCGUCGGAUAUGUUGCUUUUGGGUGGAACCGUCGAAUGUGUGGACAGCUUUCGCUAUCUUGGCUGCCAGAUCACUCCUGAUGCUAGGAGUAGCUUUGAUGUCUCUCGCAGGAUCGCCGCAGCUUCGGGUGCAUUUGGCGCCUUGAAGAAGGCUGUGUUUGCGAACUCCGAGUUUCCUAUCGGUCUCAAGCGUGUUGUGUACGGAGUCACGGUGUUGGCGGUACUCCUCUAUGACUAUGGUGCUGAGAACUGGACACCGAGGCAGCGGGAUCUCCAGCGUCUGGAGUCGUUCCACCUGCGAUCUAUACGCAUGGUCCUGGGCAUCAAUCGGGCGCGCCAGAUGGACGAGCACGUGUCAACCCUUCAGGUACAGCAGUGGUGGGGAGACAUGGAGUACCUAGGUCUCUGA